CUGCCAUUUGGCGACGCAUAAAGGACUAGAGACCCAAGAUGUCUCAACGUCUCAGUUGCUUCUUCCAUCUUCAACAUUGAAUGUAUUCGCCUCUACUCUGCGAGGUGAUAAGAUGACCCCUUCUAAAUUUAAUGCGCUACCGGCGCUGAGAAAACAGCAUCUCUUGGUCGAGUUCGCUGGACUUAAACAGACCUACCCCGAAGGCGUUUUUGUAAGCCUCACUCCUGGCGACCCUAAUCUUUGGUCCGGAGUACUUUUCGUUCGGGAUGGUCCUUAUGCUCCCGCCGUGCUACGAUUCCAGAUCUCCUUUCCCGACUUAUAUCCUAAACUACCGCCACUAGUUACCUUCUCGACCGAUAUGUUUCACCCCUUAAUUACACCUCUGAGCACCUACAUGUAUUCGACCGACGUUCACGAUAACGGUACCGUAAGUGCAACCGAUGCGGAGCGGUUACCGCCCGGAGGAUUUAGCUUGAGGCAUGGAUUUCCCGGCUGGUUUAGGCGCUCAAGCCGGGGCCAAAAUACUGGUAGUGGUCGGCAGUCUAGCGGACAGCAGGAUGAACAACAUACGCCUCAUCGACCACCUCCUCCGUCGAUGAGUAGUGCAGGCACGCCCGGGUCUAAGGGAUCUGCUGUUGGUACAUCACCUGGGUUUGCCGAGACGAAUAGAAAGGAAACUUCUGCUUAUGAGGUCCUUCGAUAUAUACGUAGCACCUUCAGCGACGAAGACGUGUUGGACUCUAUCCCUCUCGAGGCUGCCGGAAAUCCCGGUGCCUGGCACGCUUGGCGGACAUAUCGCAUUGACAAUGGGAAGGAAUUCUCCGAUACCUCUAAUAAUACUGACCUGACAGAUGCCAAUCCUGUAUCUAAAGAGACACCCGAUUCUCCAAGGAGGCCAGGGGAAUGGAAUUGGGAAGGUGUAUGGGAAGAAAGGGUCAAGAAAGCUGUGACUGCAAGUCUGUCCGAACCUGUCUUAUUUGGUGGAGUGGGUGCUGCUGACGAUGUUGUAAGUUUGACCCCUAUUCACUUUACACCUUGAAUAUCUAAGGUAAGCAUGCGCAGCUACUAAUGCCCGGCUACUCAGAUUCGCUUUAUGAAUAUGGAGGA